CAAACUUGCAAUUUGGGUGGUGUACUCGCGUGUAAUUUUUCUCAUUAAACUUAUCGUUUGGCCGUUAUAUUGAACAUUUAUCUACACUAAAGAGCGAAUGCGCCAUGGAUUUUUGUUUGGGACGGUUAAUGUAGCUUCGGAUAAAGUAGCCACACACUGGUCGAAGUUUAUUCACUUUGUUGGAUGUUUUUGUCAGUGACAAGAGUUUGGCGCGCCCGGGUGUAAUUGGAAGUUACCACUGGUGGUAUGACCGAGUUUAACGAAGUACUUCAUUUUGGCUCUUCUUCAAUUUCUUCGCGAAGAUGGAGACCUGCACACACGUCUUCCAGAUCUCUGGGAUCAAAAUCCGCGAUGAGAAGAGAGUUCUGAUCCAGGGAAUUCAGCAGCUGGGUGGGAAAUACAUUGGUGGCUCAGUAUAUCAGCACGCUUGCACCCAUCUCAUAAUCCCUCAGGUGUUGUCCAGCGAGAAGUUUUUGGCAGCUUGUGCUGCAGGAAAGUGGGUUGUAACUCCCGACUACGUGCUGGACAGUGUUAAGAAUGGCUCCUGGCUCGCAGAGGAAAUCUAUGAGGUGGCCAUUUCCACAGGUUCCUCCGCUGCCUUCUACCCUGUCAAACAGUGGAGAGAGAAAGUGGCCAGUGGGAGACUGAAAGGGGCCUUUCAGGGCUGGAGGGUGCUCCUUAUGGUCCAAGGGUCCACACGCAGAGCAAUGUUCAAACGACUCCUAAAAGCAGGCAGGGCUGAGGUAUAUCACUGCCCUCCCCCCUCUUAUGCCUCUAUCACUCAUGUCAUGGCGAAACCUGUUACAGAAUCCUCAAAAUCCCACAGUGCUCCUUGUUACCCUGUGAGCCACAUAGUCCAGCACCUCUUUGGGACUGAAAGCCUAUUGUUUGGGGGUCAAAGCAAUCGUGUGGAUAUGAAUUUCAACAUGACAGAAGAGCAAGAGGCUCAUCCAGCAGAUGUGAAGGAGAAUUUCUCUACUCUGGAGGCGGAGCUUAAGACAUAUAUCAAACAAGUGGGCCAGCCAAGACUGUGCUUCCUUGAAUAUUUGGGCUACCAUGACCCCUAUAGUCCCCUGGCUCAGGCAACAAAAAUGGACUUCAGCAAUGUUGGCUGCAUGAUAGAGUGUGGCCUCUUCACUGAAGCCUUGGACUCAAUCAGAAGUGGUGUGUACCCAGGCCUCCUGCCACCGGCGCCGCACCUGAUCUCCCUCUUAGAAUACGCUCAGCAGGGUAACGCCACAUCUGUCUUCAUGAGAAAUUUCCAGCAGGUCCUUGAUAAACUGCUUAUUACCAACCCUCCCUGGAUGGCUCCCAAGUCAGUGAAACAGUAUUUUACUCAAGUGCUGCAGUGUCCUCGGUGUAAGAAGGGCUUGUGGUCUUUUCUAGAGACAGCCAUCAGAUAUUCUAUGUCUAGUGAAGAGACCUGUCACGCACUUCCUGGACCUGGCCUUCCAACAUUGUUACACUUCCACUGUUACAUCCUGACUCUCUUCCUGAAGAUCUUCCAGGGGGAGCUCCACUCAGUCACUGCCGGAGAGUUUGUGCAGCUCCAAGGAGCCCCUCCAGCAUCAGCAUCAGGAUCUUUGCUCUAUAGAACCUUCUGGACUGUGUGGGAGCGCUCCACCCUCUUGUCCAGUGCUGUAAAACAACUAAUGCAGCUUUUGAUACAGGCUGCCAUGACUGAGUACGCCGAGAGGGAUGAGAAGCAGAAGUUGCACUUGGCAGACACCCUACUGGAUUUCCUGUCUGUGUUGGUGGAGUUUUGGUGUCAGCAGCAUUUCAAAUUAAACCAGACACUAGUGGAUAAAGGCCUGAAAGACUUGUCAGAAUAUCUUGCUGUCAUUAGCCAGGAUUUAUCUCCAAAUAUUUUGGUAGAACUGGUUAUCAGGGUUCGCUCUACCAGGCUUAAGUUGAUGGUGGCUGAUGCCAUAUUCAGGAAUCUCUGCUGCAGAAAUGGAUGCACUAUGGGAGAUGAACCUCUGUCACUCAAGAAAAUGGUGCUUUUCUACCUGCCUGCUCUGGGAAGUUUGGCUCUGAGUCCCAGUGGUACUCGCCUCAGGACUGAGCCCAGCUCACACAGCUGCACUAGUCAGGGGACCGACUGCAGACCUCAAAACUCUUUGGAGAAUGAAACCUGCUCGGAGAAAGAGAACAUCCCCAGAGGUUUGAACAGAGUCAACGCAGUAGGAGAGACCCUCCUCCACAGAGCUUGCAAGAGGAACCAAGUGGAAACGGUGCUUCAGAUCUUGGUGCUUCCUGGCAUAGACAUCAAUGUUAAAGACCAUGCAGGCUGGACACCUCUGCACGAGGCAUGCAACCACGGCAGCACCGAGUGUGUGGAAGCUUUGCUGCACCACCACCCUUCCCCUGUGCUUAAUAAUCAGGUGGAUGGAGUGAGUCCACUGCACGAUGCCCUGCUAAAUGGACACAUGGACAUUGCCAAAAUGCUGCUGGAACAUGCAGGAUCUGUCCUUCUACGCCAGACGGAUGGCCACGGUCGGGUCCCGCUGGAUCUAGUCUCUGAGCCAAGUCAGAGGGAAGAGCUCCUCCAUAGUGCACAGCUUGGAGACACAAAGUUUUUGAGAAAUAAAGCAACUGAAGUUAACCUUCCCCUCUUGGAGGCUGGAUCAUCUCUGCUGUCCCUACUCAUUUUCUCCUACCUCAGGGAAACAGGCAUUCCUCACCACACACCAACCAGCGACAAGCACCACAGCCUGGGCUACCGGCUGGUCAGGGCACUGGAGAGGCACUCCUUCCAAAAAGUGACUCAGGGCUGGGCAGACCAGCGGGCAGUGAGGCUGGUAGAAGAUGUAGAGACAUUGUGGGAGCUCAGCCAAGGGAAGUACCAGGGACAGGUGUCUCAGGGUGUAAUAGAGUGCAAAGGAGAGAACACACAGUUCCUGAUGAGGGUAUUAGAGGAUCUUAGGUCGCGAGGAGAAGCACUAGUAGGUGAUCUGUAAGGUUAAAGGAUCACUUUACACCACACUGAAGCUGACUUAAAUGCAUAACCUGUGAGUGAAAGUGAACAAAAAGGUAACUUUUUAUUACAUGGUCCUAAAAUUUGCCAGGGCCUUAAAAUAGGUCCACAGGGCAAAAAAUAAGUCUUCCUGUGGAUAUCUGCCUCUAAAGCAAGCAUGCAAGUUCAAAGCUGUUCAUUUCUUAAGUGCUACAAUUUUAUACCUACUAAUACCUAAUGUUCAUUGGCUUGGUCUGUUUAUAUUGUAUAUUUUCUGGAGUUUUACAAGUUCUGUGUU